AUGAGUUAUGGAAGACCUCCUUCCCCUAAGAGAUUUAAUAGAAAUAAACUCACCAAAUAUAACAAAAAAGAAAAAAAUAUAAAUUUAAAAAUGCUAUCUCAAAAUAUUAAUACCUAAAAUGAUAAAAAACUUUCUAAUUAUUAAUCUAAAAAAUUUGUAAAUAUUAAUACUUUGUUUUCUUUUAUUAGCGAACAUAAUAUAUCUCUUGAAAAUUUAAGCAAUUAAACAUUAAAUAAUGUUGAUUAAUCUAAUAUAUAAUAAUAUGAAAAUUUUUAAGUAAACCAAAGCUUAGUCAAUAUACCUUAAAAACAGCCUAUUAACAAUAUGAUAUUUGAAGAAGAAAGCUACGAAUUAGAGCCUAAGAGCAAUUAUCUACAAACAAAUAAUAAUCUAGAGCUAUUAUAAGAAGAAUAGAUAAAAAUCUAAAAUUGA